UUGGUUUUGCUUUCUCUUUUUUUUUUUUUUUUUUGGGUUUGUUUUUUUUUUGUGAGGCUUCGUGUUAGGGAUCAGGACACUGAGCAUCUCAGUGUGGGUGGAUUAUCAGCCUGCCAAAGCCUUCUCUCAGGAGUGAAAGUGUGGAAAGACGCGAUCAGGACGGAGUAGAGGCUUUUCAAAGGGAAGCUUUGGGAAGCGCCGGACCUCGUAAAAGAAGAAGAAGAAGCAGAGUCGCAGAGUCGCCGCUGUCCCCAAUGAAGGAGCCGGACGCCAUCAAGCUCUUCAUCGGCCAGAUCCCUCGCAAUCUGGAGGAGAAGGACCUCAAGCCUAUCUUUGAGCAGUUUGGCAAGAUCUACGAGCUGACCGUGAUCAAGGACAAGUACACGGGCAUGCACAAAGGAUGUGCGUUCUUGACGUACUGUGCCAGAGAGUCCGCACUGAAAGCCCAAAAUGCGUUACACGAGCAGAAGACACUGCCAGGGAUGAACCGACCCAUUCAGGUGAAGCCAGCAGACAGCGAGGGCCGUGGAGACAGGAAGCUGUUUGUGGGUAUGCUGGGGAAGCAGCAGUCAGACGCCGAUGUGAGAAAGAUGUUUGAGCCGUUCGGCAGUAUAGAGGAGUGUACUGUGCUCAGAGGACCAGACGGAGCCAGCAAAGGUUGUGCAUUUGUGAAAUACCAGAGCAAUGCAGAGGCUCAAGCAGCCAUUAAUGCUCUUCAUGGCAGCCGCACUCUGCCGGGAGCCUCUUCCAGUCUGGUGGUGAAGUUUGCAGAUACGGAGAAGGAGCGAGGCAUCAGGCGCAUGCAGCAGGUUGCGUCUCAGCUGGGCGUCAUCAGCCCCAUGAGCCUCCAUCUGGGGGCCUACAACGCUUACACACAGGCCCUGGUCCAGCAGCAGGCGUUGGUAGCUCAAUCCGCCUAUCUGUCUCCCGUGGCAACAGUUGCCGCGGUGCAGAUGCAGCAGUUGGCUGCUCUUAACCCAAGCAGCAUCAUAGCGACACCCAUCGCGUCAAUCACCCCAUCCUCAGGUGCGAGCACUCCUCCAGCUAUCGCCGCCACACCAGUGCCUACUCUUCCUCCACCGAUUGCAGUCAACAGUUACCCGGCUGUGCCUGCGCCCCCCAGCGGGCAGUCAGCCUCUGAGACCCUGUACACCAACGGCGUCCACCAGUAUCAAGCUCAGAGUCCUGCUUUGGAUCCUCUUCAGCAGGCUUACACUGGCAUGCAGCAUUACACUGCCACAUAUCCUGCUGCUUAUGGUUUGGUUGGUCAGCCGUUCCCCCAUCAGCCCACGCUAGUAGCUCAGCAAACCCAACAGCCUCAGCAGCUGCAGCAGCGAGAAGGUCCAGAGGGAUGUAAUAUCUUCAUCUAUCACCUGCCACAGGAGUUCACCGACUCUGAGAUGCUACAAAUGUUUCUGCCGUUCGGCAACGUCAUCUCAGCCAAGGUUUUCGUCGACCGCGCAACCAAUCAGAGCAAAUGCUUCGGUUUUGUAAGCUUUGACAACCCCGCCAGCGCUCAGACUGCCAUCCAGGCCAUGAAUGGAUUUCAGAUUGGCAUGAAAAGACUGAAAGUGCAGCUGAAAAGGCCCAAAGAUGCCAACCGCCCAUACUAACAUGGCCAGGUAAAAAAAAAAAAAAAAAAAAGAAGACUGAAGAAGUUGGUUUGGAGAAAAAAAAUAUUUUCCUCAGCUGUAAAUUAAUUAUGGGACCAACUGCUCAUUUUAAAUACCUGAUACAAAGAACACUGAAACAAAUAUAUACAUUUAACAGAUUAACACUAACCCGCUGCACAAGACUUGGGUUAAUAAUAUACAUUUACAGCCUCGUCAGUAUACAGCAUAUGACCAAUAACUGUUUAUAGGCACAUCCUUGUACAGCUAAUAACCGGCUCAACACUAUUCCUGCAAUGCCACACUCGUUCAUGCACACUAUUUAAAAGUGUGUGUGUGUGUGUGUUUGGGAGUUUGGAGGGAAGGCUUUCAAAAGCUCCAUCUGGCCUUGAACUGAAACUGCACAUAAAAUGGGACCAACAUCAUUGUGUAACAGCUGCACAGCAAGGCAUUUUUCUUUUUCUUUCUUUUUUUUUUUUGCUGGUUUGUGCUUACUGCACACUAUGGGGAUCUACUCAGCACCAGUUAUGUGUAUAUAGAAAUUUAUUUGGGCUACGUGAAGGCAUAUCAGUGGGGAGGGAAGGAGGGAGGGGAGGUGAGGUAGGGUAAUUCGGGUGGGUUUUUUUCGGGUGGGUUAUUUAAGCUCAAAACGCAGAGCAUCAUGGGUAUGUUAGCUAGGGAAGAAGGACAGAAAAUGACUGAAUAUUUGUCCAUCAUGGUCAAGCUGUAGUUAGAUUUUACAUUUCCAGAUAUGUUUAGGAUGAUUUGAUGGGAAAAUGUAAUGAGCAAAUAGAGUGGAAAAGCAUUUUAAAAAUUUAUUUGUAUUUCAUUGUAUAUAUCAUGGUUUGAAAAUUGAGGUUAAGAUUAUUAUUAUUAUUAUUAUUAUUAUUAUUAUUAUUAUUAUUAUUAUUGUCCUUCUAUCUAAUUUUUCUAAUCUUUUUUCCCAACAAUUAAUUAACUUAUUGAUUUCCUGAUUUUUUUUUUUUUUUAAUUAUUAUUAUUUAUGAAACUUUUAUGAAGGUUCACUGGCACAUGUGUGUAGGAGUUAAAUUAUUUUUAGAUCUUUUAUUUACAGAAUUACAAUUGAGGAACAAUCAUUAAUAUUUAUUUAUUUUCUUCAGCCAUUGUUUCCUAACCUGUCAAUUACAAGAAAAAAAAAAAUAAAAGUUUUAAAUAACUGGUUGUGUCUCUGAUUUUUGACAGAUUUUGGACAUAGUGUGUGUGCAACGGUAUGAUGUCUCCCCUCAGGGAAUUCUUACAUGAGCAUAUUUAAUAAUUUAUUGCAUUUUUGUUAUGCUUUUACACGCAUUAUUACCACCGUGCUGUGUAGUGAAAGGCAGGUUUUUGAAAAGAUUGAAUAUCUUGAAUGUUUGGAAAUGAGGCACUGUGUUAUCUUCAUAUUGAUGUAAAUAAUGAUUCCGGUUGUUAACACAGAGUUUUUCGUAUGCUAAUGGUCGUGCAGUGUGCAGGCUGAAACACGUCUCUCCCUCAUCACACAAGACCCUCACUAUUUCUCAAGAACUGUACAAGCUGAUGUAGAGAUAAAACAUGAAACCUACAUCAAAUCACUUACAUGCUGCCACACAGCAUCCAGCUGAUUUAUUCAUUUUAGUUCAAAUUAAAGAUUGCUGAGUGUAAUUUCCUGCUUGGACUUUAACUAGUAAGAAAGUAAGAAAGUAUUCAUACCCCUUCACUUUUUUUUGCACACUUUAUUGUGUUGUAUAUGUAAUUUAAAAUGGAUUAAUGGAUGUUAAUCUACACACUAACCCAUAAUCACCAAGCAGAAAAAAGUUUUUAGAAAUUGUUGCUAAUUUAUUAAAAAUCAGAAAUGUGCACUUUUCGUCAGUAUAGUAAUGCAAUGUUCAGCAGUGCAGCAUCGCAGUUUCAGCAUUCAGAAAAAGUAGCUACACAUAUAGCUACGAGAUCUGUGGACUUUCUUUAAAAAGACAACAAACAAGCAGAAUAAUCAGUGAAACAUGUCUGGUGUACAUUUAAAUAUUUAAUU